AUGACCACCGCGAACGGUGCCCGGGGUGCCCCCUGCAGUGCGACCUCAUUGCUCUUCGUGCAGCGGAUCCGGAGCCCGUCAGGGGCCCUGAGGAAGCGUCAUGGCAGCACGGGGAACAGUGAAGCCGUAGGCGAGCGGGAGGACAUCGUUACCCAGCCCUGGUCGGGGAAGCAGCAGCGUGGCCAGCGAAAUAGCAAUACUAGCAGCAGCAGCAGCAGCCUUCCCAGUAGCUCUAGUAGCACCAGCAUUACUAGCAACAGCAACACUACUGGUGGCGGCAGCAGCAUUACUAGCAGCACUAGCAGCAGCAUUAAUACUAGCAGCAGCAUUGUUACUAGCAGCAUUGUUACUAGUGGCAGCAUUAUUACUAGCAGCACUACUAGCAGCAGCAUUUUUGCUAGCAGCAUUAUUACUAGCAGCAUUAUUACUAGAAGCAUUAUUACUAGCAGCAUUGUUGUUAGUGGCAGCACUAUUACUAGCAGCAUCAGCAUUGCUAGCAGCAGCAUUAUUACUAGCAGCAGCAUUGCUAGCAACAGCAGCAUUAUAACUCACAGCAGCAUCAUGACUAGCAGCAGCAUUGCUAGCAGCAGCAUUAUUGCUAGCAGCAACAUAACAAGCAGCAGCAUUGUUACUAGCAGCAUUGUUGCUAGUGGCAGCAUUAUUACUAGAAGCAUUAUUACUAGCAGCAUUGUUGUUAGUGGCAGCACUAUUACUAACAGCAUCAGCAUUGCUAGCAGCAGCAUUAUUACUAGCAGCAGCAUUGCUAGCAACAGCAGCAUUAUAACUCACAGCAGCAUCAUGACUAGCAGCAGCAUUGCUAGCAGCAGCAUUAUUGCUAACAGCAGCAUUACAAGCAGCAGCAUUGUUACUAGCAGCAUUGUUGUUAGUAGCAGCACUAUUACUAGCAGCAUUGUUGUUAGUGGCAGCACUAUUACUAGCAGCAUCAGCAUUGCUAGCAGCAGCAUUAUUACUAGCAGCAGCAUUGCUAGCAGCAGCAUUAUAACGCAGAGCAGCAGCAUUAUUACCAGGAGCAUUAUUACCAAGCAGCAGCAUUAUUACUAA